AUGUCGUCGAAAGACAUCUUCAUUCGAGGCCUGCACAUCGUUCAGGCACUUUUGGGUGCCUAUGGCGCCACGGUGUCAUUUGUUGCCAUCAACAACCUCCUCCAGUAUGAAGAGACCGCCAAGAAGCUCGCUGAAUGGUCUGAUACGGUACACAUCCUUGGGUAGAGAGGUUAGUUGAGCCGCUUCACUGACUGGGCCUAGGCUGCACACGAAUUGCACAAGACGAGGACCACCCAGGCCACAGGAGCGAUAGCAGUGAGUAGUUUACACAUUCUAAUGCUUCGAUAAUUUGCUGAAUCAACGGUUAGAUCUUCGCCUCUCUGAUUGCGUCUCUGACGCUUGCAGUCGCUCCCCACGCACUAUUAAAGAUCGUCCGUGUCGGAAUCUCUCCAGUACUCCUUGUAGCCAUCCUCUUCGCUCGGGCCCACAUCAAAAACUAUUGGUAUGUUGAGACCCGUCACCUUGAACCUUGGUCUGGGCUCACAGAAGUAGGGCCCCCAAAGAUGGAAAGACAGUGGGAGUGCGCAUUCCUCUGCCCAAAAUGGAGCAAUACAACGAGGCUCAACGGCAGACUCAGAAGUUGCUCAAAGUACUUGAGUAUCUCGAAUAUAGCUGGGUUGCGGCGAGCUUCGUGAACGGCAUGCUGGGUGCUUAA